GAUGUCAGAGAUUUUUCCUCUGCCCUCCACGGUGGGAGGAUCUCUGUGCGUUGAGUCACGCAGCUGUCAAAGAUAGCUGUCACCCAGUUUCAGGAUCAAACACACAGUCAAUGAGAAAAGGGCUUUGAGCCGAAGGGACGCGGAGAUCUCAGGUAACCCCCCCCCCCCGAAGUAUCCAAACAAGGACGACCAGAAGAGGGGGAGAAAAUUAGAGAAAAGGGGUUAAAAGCGAGUUUUUUUUUAUGAAUAAGGGUUUUCGAAUAUUCGGAUACACACUGUGGAUAUCUGGAGUAAAGAAGAAAAACACUGCACGAGCACAAAGGCAAUUUUCUUCUGCGCUUGACGAGGAAAAAGUGGGCAUUUUCGGACGGAGAUGAAGACGAAAAAGGGUUUGAUGAUGCUGUCAGGGAGUGAGACGGAUGAUGAGGACAGCGUGGACGCCCCCCUGGAUCUGUCGUCCAGCGCGGGGAGCAGCGGGAAGAGGAAACGGCGGGGGAAUCUGCCCAAGGAGUCAGUUCAGAUCCUCCGGGACUGGUUAUACGAGCACCGCUACAACGCUUACCCCUCUGAACAGGAGAAAGCACUCCUGUCCAAGCAGACUCAGCUCUCCACACUGCAGGUGUGCAACUGGUUCAUUAACGCACGACGUCGACUUCUUCCAGAGAUGCUGCGGAAAGAUGGCAAAGAUCCUAACCAGUUUACCAUAUCCAGAAAAGGUAGCAAGGCUGGCGACAGCUUUUCUGACAGCUCCCAGUCCCCGAAACACAGCAGUCCUGCAGCAGGUACGGAGGAGAGCUACGACAAACGUGUUCUUCACCCCUCCAGCUUCGAACCCGCCAUGCCCGGUGUCCUGAGGAAGGCAGUGUCUCCCUCCAUAUCCUCUCCAACCUCCAUGUCCCCCUCUCCAGGGCUCAUGCCCACCCGCCCUUCUGUCAUCUGUCACACCACUGUCAGCACAGCAAUGCAGGCCAGCCCGACAGCCUCUCACCCCUCUGUGCCAGGAAUGAACAGUGACAGAGCAGCUGAGCUGUUGCAGUCUUCACAGAUGCUGCUCAGGUGCCGGGAUGAAGGGCCAGGCAGCCAGCCACUCCCCACCACUACCACCAUCCUCAGCAGCACCGGCAUGGAGGGCAACCUGAGCCCCCGCAGUGGGCUCUUCAACACCCCUCCCCCCACCCCUCCAGACCUCACACAAGACUUCAGCGGCUUCCAGCUCCUGGUAGACGUGGCCCUCAAACGGGCUGCAGAGAUGGAGCUGCAAGCCAAACAGCUGGUCUCCUAAAGGGAGAAUGUGACAGAAGAAGAAGAGGAGGGAAUAGAGACUGACUUUGUGUCUCGACUAUGGAACUCCUCUGAGUUCAGUGACUUGUCUGCACGCAACAGAGAACAAAUCCACAUGAAAGCCUGAUCAUUUCUAUUUUUGGUAUACCAAUCAAAUUGAUGAGGAUGUUUUUUUAUGGAAAAAAACUGUAUCGAGGUGCCUUGGCUGUAAGUUGUUUAUUCAUUUCACAAACAUGCGUAUGUAUCUACAUGUGUAUCUUAUUUGCACACAGGGACCAAAAAUGUUAUCAGAGAAAUGCUGCCUGUCUUAUGUCUUUUCAUUAUACUGUAUAUCAUUUUAGAGAAUGGAGCAAGAGCUAGAAGCAGCCCUUCUUCAGACCAGUCAGAUGGAUUGGUUGCAUCCACACAUGUUUACUGUUAAACAUUUCAGAGAUCAGUUCAUGAUUGGUCUGCCUCGUUUGUUUGCACACUAAAGGCAGAGGAAGGUCAUCUCAGUGUCUUAAACAUACUUUGCUCUUGGCAUCUAUGACAAACUUAUUCACUACUGUAGUAAUGUUAUGUUUUUUCAUGAGUAUAAGUAUAGUUUUGAUUUUGUAAUUAACUUUUACUUUUAGCUAUUUUAAAAGAAAAAAACUUUUUUUUUUUUUUAAACUCUUUUUCCCACCAAGGGAUAUUUCAGAUGACCAAUGUAGCAGGUUCUUAGUCUGAGCCUUCAUCCCAUCACUCAGCGAAAACGACGGCCAGUGGACUGGAAAAUUAAACACUACAGAUGUCUUUUCUGCAUUUGCUGUUUUACAACCUGACAAAGACAGCAUUUUUGAAAUCACCAAAAAAGCAUUUUCAUGUAUAAUAGGACCAUGUGUAUAGUUAAUGUGACAUGAUGCCCAAUGAUGUGAUUUCUUUUCAUACUGUGCAAUGUUUGUGGCAAAUAGGGGUCACAUGGGAUUCAAAUAAAGUUUUGUUUUUCUACA